GCACCACCACCCCCCUACGCACCUCCGCACCCCUCGCACAGCAUGGGCGCCGACUGCUGCGGUCCUGACCACGGCCACGCGCCGCCGCCCCAGCAGCACGCGCACGAGCACGGCGGCGCGCCGCCCGCGCCCACCGAGGAGCAGCUGGCCUUUGCCGAUGCCGGCUUCAAGAGCGUGCCGCUGGCGCUCGAUGCCGCCUCCAACCAGCUCGUGUCGCCGACGCACGACCUCACCGUGCUCAACGCCCUCAUCCGCUCCCUCGCGUCGCUGCCGCCGCAGCUCGCCUUUCCGCCGCCGCCCAACGUCGUGCCGCCGCAGCGCAGCAUGGCCGUCGCCAAGGCCAAGGAGGACGGCGUGGCGGCCUUUGCCGCCGGCAAUCUCAGCGAGGCCAUCCGCCUCUUCACGCUCGCCAUCGACGUCGCCGCCUCGCGCCCGCUGUGGGAGAACAACGCCAUUGCGCGCGACGAGCUGGCCCUCUGCCUCGCCAACCGCGCCGCCGCCUUUCUCGAGGCGCACGCCUUCCUCGAGGCCCUCGCCGACGCCGAGGCCGUCGUGCAGCUCAAGAAGCCGUGGAGCAAGGGCCACUUCCGCAAGGGCAAGGCGCUGCACAAGCUCGGGCGCAGGGAGGAGGCCAAGGAGGCCUUCGAGCUGGGCCUGUGCUUUGAUCCCGAGAGCACAGACCUAAAGGCGGCGAUCUCCGAGCUGGCUCUCUAGAGUACGGAGCACUCCACCAUUGCGACGCGUCCGACGGUAGACCGCACAUGGGCC